GACGUGUACAGAGUUAAUCUAAAGUGAAUGAGACUAACCCAGAUCAUGAAAAUGGUUUAUGCAGAUUCUCCCUCAAGAUUUUUCAAGGAUCAACACUUUGCCAUAACUGACGCAAUUUGACAAAUGAACAUGGCCAAAAGUUGAAAAAAAAAUUAACCAGUACUGAACAACAUACAUAGAGGGAAUUAACAAAAAUAAUCUAGAUCUCUCAAUAAAAGACAUUUAGCAGAACCUUCAUAUUGUCCAUUUUUUCCACAGAAAUGGAAUGACUAGACAACAAACUUUAAAUUGAAUGACACUUGAAUAAUACUAGACAAAGAUGACACAAACUAAAAGAAGAAGAUUUGUACAUUUUGUACAAAAAUGUGUUCUUUAUUAAACUAAUUAAACCCAGUGGCAUUCAUAUAACACCAAGUUAUUAAAGAACAUGUCUGCAGCCAGGUAUCUGCAGAUCUAUAGGGAUCAGUAGACUCUUGACUUCCUUUUUCCUUUUCAGGUGGCUGUGGCACCUGAUUGUUUAAUCUCAUCACAGGGGAUUAAUGACAUUAGGCCCAAUCCUGCAAUGACCUCUGCCAAAAGCCUGUCCCUAGGGAUCAGCUGGGAUGAAGAGCAGUAAGACAGCAGAGAUCAGUUAGUGUGAGCAGGAGACAGGACUAGACGAGAGCGUACAGUCGACAAGCUGUUAGGAGCCAACACUUUUCUCAGAUUGUUGGAGGUCCUGCCAUUCAACAGCCAGAAUGGCUCGGGAUAUGUCAGAUAAGGAAAUCCUGAAAAUGGAGCUGGAGCAGUUGAAAAAAGAAGUUAACACAACUAGGACACCAGUGGCUGCCAACUGUGCAGAGACCAUUGCUUUUGUUGAGGAGCGCCUACCGAAUGAUCCGCUGAUCAAGGGUGUUCCAGAUGACAAGAACCCCUACAAGGGAGACAAGGGAGGAUGUAUAAUAACAUAGCACAUAAUGACAUCCACUGUUUUUGAAUUGUCUACGGCUGCAUUUCUGUGAUAGUCCUGUAGAAAUAAUGUCAAUAAAAUGUAGACAGGAAACACAUUUUAAGUAAAUGUGAUGCAAUCCCAUUCCAAUCUCUGUACUGUUGUAUGUUACUGUUGAUAAGAAACUGUUUGUCAUUUUGUUAUGAAAAGCAUUUAGCUGCAAAGAGCUUUGACCUGACCUGGCUGGUUCUCUGACACCUACUUUGUAUUGCCCUUCUAUCUCAUUUUAUUAUAGUAGUUAAUAUUAAAUAGGGUAUGCUGCACUUUUUUUGAUCAAAUAUCAGCCCAAGACAACGUAGACUUACCUUUGUUACUGUACAGAGCAAGGCAAAGUCAAAUGAGUGGCCACUGCUUAAGUCUAAUUCUUAAUAGGAUUUUACACUGGUCUGUUGACAAGGAGCUGCUUCCUGUAUUAAAGCCUUUAAGCCUAUCCCCUCAGCCCUCUAAUUGGUGUCACUUUCAAUAGAGGCAACAGCAAAUGUGCACAAUUCUUGACAUUUCUCAACAUACAAUUGAUAGAAAAAAGAAACUCUGAUUGUAAUGUAGUAUGUAUUGUAAUCAGUCUGUGCUGUUUCUCUAAUAUUUAUAACAACUGACAGUGAUUUUCACAAGAGGUUUCGACAUCCACCUGCAGGAAAGCUUAGGCUUAAAUGUUCUGUCCAGGGCAAGCUUGGCAUGUAGUUCAACAGAUUCGAAGACAGAAGGAACAAGCCAUUUGUUGAAAAUGUAAUAUUUCACUCUUAAAGACGUAUGGUAGCACAAAAAUAAGAAACACAUAGUCCUUUCUAAAUGGUUGGUAUUGAAAGUACUGUACAAUUAAAAAACGUACAGGGAGUCACAUACUUUUGUAACUUCAUAUGUUUAUAUACACAAACACACACACACACACACACACACACACACACACACAUAUAUAUAUAUACAACAGGAAUGGGUGUAUAAAAUCCUCCAGUUCAUUUUGAAUAAUCUAGCCUUUGACCUCAUAUUAUCUGCAAGUUCUGCUUAGAAAUCCUAGUGUGUUGUAAUCAAAUGUCCAUGAUAAAACUCUACCAGAUUCCAUUUAGUUCCCUGACUGUCGUAAAGCCAUAAAAGUGCACACCACAGAUGAAGGGUCUGGUAUAGCAUUUAUCUAAAUUGCCUUAUCAGUAAAGCAGUUAGCUUGUAGAUUUAUCUAAUCUACAGAUGUUUCCUAUAAGAUCACUGAAGUGACCAUAGAUAUUCCCACUACACACAGGCAGAAAACAUGUUUUUUUCCACAACUUCUAGACCAAAGUUAAGGCCUGGACUCUAAUGCACAAAGAUAAAGACAAUACCUUAAAAUAAAAUAUUAUAAUCACAAUAAUAUUCACAUGAAGUAAUUAUUUCCUGCACUGAAAUGAGAAAGUCAGAGGAGGACAGAAGAACUUCCUCGACAGAGUCUGGU